UUUGGGCAGUGGAUUCAUUGGACAGAGUUGGGCAAUGCUGUUUGCCAGUGUUGGAUACCAAGUGCGCAUAUACGAUGCCAACCAAGAUCAAAUUUCUGCAGCUUUGGACAAUAUCAAGAAACAGUUAAAGACCCUGAAAGAAUCAGGAUUGCUUCGUGGAAAAUUAACAGCUGAUCAACAGAUCCAGUGCAUAAAAGCUGCAUCAAGCCUGAAGGAUUGUGUAGAAGGUGCCAAGUUUGUCCAAGAAUCUGUUUUUGAGGACAUGGAAGUCAAGAAAAAGGUAUUCCAAGAGAUUGAUGAAUUUGCAGGUCCAAAGACAGUGCUUGCAUCAUCUACAUCUUGCAUUGUUCCUUCAAAGUUUACUGCUGACUUGGCACACAAAGAAAACUGCAUUGUUUCACAUCCAGUGAAUCCUCCAUAUUAUGUUCCAAUGGUGGAGGUUGUUCCUGCUCCUUGGACAAGCAAAGAAACCGUCAACAUGACACGAGCUAUACUGAAGGAAAUUGGCCAGUCCCCUGUUGUGUUUACAAAAGAACAGCCAGGGUUUGGUGCUAACAGAAUUCAAUAUGCUAUUUUGAAUGAGUGCCACAAUAUGGUUACCAAUGGAAUUCUGAGUGCCGAAGAUGUAGACGCCCUGAUAAGAGAUGGGCUUGGGUAUCGUUAUGCCUGGAUGGGCCCUCUUGAAACUGCUUUACUCAAUGCUAAUGGAAUGGAAGAUUACAUGGACCGCUAUGGAUCAACAAUAAACAAUAUCUCAAAACUAUUGGGGCCGACUCCAUCAUGGAAGAAAGAGGACUCCAAAGUACUGUGUUCGCAGUUGGAAAGUUGGUUGCCCACAGAGAAACUUCAGGAGCGCCGUGAAUGGAGGGAUGUUAGGUUGAUUGCCUUAUACAAAUUGAAGAGAGAUAUGAAGGACAACUGAGAAAAUUACUGAAGAAAGUUUCUUAUAAGUUUUCUAUAAAUCAUGCUUUGUUAUUUUGUAAGUCACAUAUGACAUUAGCUUUGGGAGCAUUUCAAUUAUGUUGGAAAAUCAGUUACUUUUUAAUUUUUUCAUUUUUAAUGUUACAGGAAAAGAAAAUACAGCAUACAGCUUGUGUCGCUUUUGGUUAAAGAUAUACAUUUUUAAAGCUUUACGUUUUUUUGCUUGAUGCAAAAUAUUUUUCUGUGUUUUGGGGAAACUUACCUUUUAUAACAUGAUGAUUUUUUAAUACAGUAGACUUUCACAGUAGAGUUCAAGUCAUGAAGUCUUACGGUUUUGGAUGUCCAAUAAGGAAUGUUGAAAUGCCAAUUAUCAGAGAGAGUUUUCAUGGCUGACUAGGCUAGGCUUUUUCUUGUUUUUAGACUCCAUUAACGAACUUGGAAGCAUUAGUUACAUUAUCAAAAGGAAAAUAUAUGUCUGUAUUUGUAUGAAAACAUGUAUUUCACCAGAUAUAAAGUAAGCAAAGAUUGUUGGUGAUAUAAUGCAAAGGUUGAUCACAAAACAAGCUUAUGUACACGUUAUUCACAAAUCGUGUUUACACUAGAAAGAUAUUAAAGAAUUGCAGUUAAGUGGUUGUAAUAUCACAGUUGUAAGGGAAGCCAAAGAUAUACAGUAGUCAUAAAGGUGCUUGGGACAAAGACCCAUCACAAAAAACUUAGUAGUAAAUAUGCAGCACCAAUAAGACCCUUGUAUCUCCCACAUUACGCAUUGCCACAUAGCAUCGCAUCCAAUGCUUUUAUAAUUCUGGCAAUGCUAAACUAGCACUUAAUCAUGACACAUUGUAUCCAGAUCAGCUUAAAAAACAUUAUUUAAAAUAAUAGGCACUUGAUGCUGAAAGAAAUAGUCUGAUAGUGUAAGUUUCUACUGUAUCUUGUAGCUUUAAAGUACAAUUCUAUGGGUGAAUGGGAUUUUGAUGUUUUGUUUUUAAGAUAAAUAUAUUUGUUUACAUUUAG